AUGGGAUUGUUGGAGAAGAGGGUGAUAACCCUCUCAAUAGUCACAUUGCUUGUGCUGGUUAACCUUCUAGACUUUAGAUCAGUAUCUAAUGGGUCAACGUCACAGGAUUAUAGGGCGAACAACAUUUUAUUUAAACUGAAUCUGCGCCAUGCAGAUGCUAUUGAUUCAAGACAACAAUUGCAAUCAAGGUUCAUUAAUUACUACGACCAACUCCGCUCUUUCAACACAGGAGAGCUCAAUUUCUUACACACUACUGAUACUCAUGGCUGGUAUAUGGGUCAUCCCACUCAACCCCAAUAUUCCUCGGAUUGGGGAGACUUUUUGUCAUUCGUUCAGAGGUUAAAAGAUUUACUCUUUCAAGAAGGAAAAGAUUUAAUUUUGGUCGAUUCUGGUGAUCGACACGAUGGAAAUGGAUUGAGUGACUGCACUUCCCCCAAUGGACUACGAUCCAACAAUAUCUUCUCGGCUAUUGAUUUCGACUUACUUACUGUCGGUAAUCAUGAGCUUUACUCUGAAGCUGUGAGUGAGUUAGAAUUUUCCACAGUAAUUCCGCAUUAUGGUGAUAGAUAUAUUUCCACAAAUGUGGAAUACCUUACAGGUGACGGUGAAUGGGUUCCAUUCGGGAACAGCCAAUAUCGUGUCUGGAAGUCCAAAAACACCAGGAGAACUAUUCUUGGAUUGUCUUUCAUGUUCGACUUUAGAUAUACUGGAAAUGAGAGGGUGAGAGUAACUUCAAUUUCUACAAUGAUCCAAACUGGUUCUCUUGAUGCAAUCAUUGAGACUAUCAAGAGCAAUCACAGGCCAGAAAUCAUCGUAGUUGUGGGCCACCUUCCAGUCCAUCAUGUCUGGGCUGAGUCUCGUAUGUUACAUGACUAUCUCCGUUCUAAGUUUCCGGAUAAGAUAAUUCAAUAUUUUGGAGGUCAUUCACAUAUCAGAGACUUUGUUGUUCAUGAUGACCUUUCAACAGGGUUACAGAGUGGUAGAUUUUGUGAAACCAUCGGUUUCUUGUCAAUGAACAAUAUAGACAGUGCCACCUCAAAGGACACAAGCAAUUGGGCUUGGGAUAAUAUUGACAGGAAGUAUAUCGAUUUCAACUUACAUUCUAUGCUUUUUCAUACAAAUAUCUCCAAAGUUAGUGAAUUCAACACGGAAGAGGGAGUCACACUUUCAGACAAGAUUAUAUCAACAGUAAGUGAACUAAACCUAACCAAAGAAUACGGUAGGGUUCCAAGAAAUUACUACCUUGCAGGAAGACCAUAUCCACACCACCAGAAUCUUUACAGUCUCAUUUCUGAUGAAAUCCUCCCAACGCUGCCUUAUAGAGUUAAGUUAGGAGAUGAACCGUUUGAACCCAGUAAUGCCCGAGUCGUUAUCAUCAACACAGGUGCUAUACGGUAUGAUCUUUACAAAGGUAUUUUUUCCGAAAACACCAAAUAUACAAUCAGCCCAUUCUUGAACCAAUGGAGGGUUAUCCCAGCAGUCCCUAAGAAAAUUGCGUUGCAGAUACUUCCAACCUUAAACCAGUUAGAUUAUAUCAUUAGCAAUUUGGAUAAGAAUGCAGACCAGGACUUCUCUUUGGACAUUAUGAGCGAUUACUAUAAUGGAGACCAUUCUUCCAGAGAUCGACUCUUUGGCCAGGAUAUUGUUGAUCUCACAACUUUGAUGUCCCCUUUUGCACGUUCAAAUUUGAUUGAAAAGUUGAUCAUGAUGGGCAAGUUCCAAUCGGAUGUUAGAAACGCCAAAGAGAAAGAGCAACAGCCCUUCUUACCUCAUCAUGAGCAGCAUGUUUUGGUCAAGCUGCUAGAAUUUUUUAAUUGGAACAAGCUUACCCACGGAUACGUAACAAAUGACGAUUUUGGAGAUGAAGGAGACGAUACUAAACAUAAGCAAAUCAGUUUUUAUGAACCUCCAUGCGUUAUUCAAAGCUAUCAAAGACACUACAAUGAUAGCAUAUCCAAUAUAAUAUUUGACUUGGUGAUACCGGAUGAUGAAGAUGAAGUGAUUGAUGUCGUGUUUUACGACUUUAUAGAGCCAUACAUUUUGUACGCUUUGCGACAAAUCCUCAAUGUCGAUUUAGACAAGAGAUCAUGGGUGCAACCAAGGGAACCCGUAUACUUACAAAGUGCUACCAAAGUUGGCAACACUACAUUAUAUCAGAGUUUCUUGCGAUCAAUUCAAGUUUACAAUGAUGUUGAAAAUGAAUGGAACGUUGGAGAGAUGCUGAAGAGAUAUGUCACAGAGAACUGGGCCUAA